GGGAACAGCAAUCCAACUAGAUCAGAUUGCAAAAGAAUGGUGAAGAGAGCAGUUUGAGGGCAUUUACUGUUUUUUAGGAUUUAGUGAAGGAGUAAAAGUUAGAGCAGUUGAAACGACUGCCUCAAGGAUGGAGAUACAAGAACCUGAAUUAUCGUUUGGAUAGGACUAUCUCACAGCUUUUGCCUCCGCUUUGCAAGUGCGGCAGUGAGUGAGUGGCAGCGGAGAGGCCCAAAGGUUCUGUGGGAUUCAUCAGGGUCACAACUGCAUUUUCGUCCAAACUGACUAGACGUAAAGAAAGGAUGAGGAGAAAAGGUCUGCUGAAGAUGACAGAGCUGCACUCUGCUGUUUUUGAGUAGAAGGAGUAGCUGUGGUGACAGACACACAGCAUGCAUCAGUUUGGUUAAUGGGAAACACCAGGAGAGAAGAAACCACCUUGCAGUUCUGGAGCCCGUCCUCAGACAGGUGGGGAAAAAGGGACUGGAUUCAUGCAUCGAGCCCCCACUCUGCCCCCUAAAUGACUCAGUAAAAUGCAGCUUAGCUUCGGAUCGAGCUGUAAGCUGUGAUCAAGCACCCGGACUCCAGGGCUACCCCACGGCUAAGGCUUUGCAGCUGGAGACGACAUCGAGGAGCAUGAGUGUUGGAAGAAUCAACCGCUACAGCAUUGUUUCGUCGGAGGAAGAGGGCCUCCGCCUCACUACCAUGCAUGGCAUGAAUGGUUUUGGGAAUGGCAAGAUCCACACACGGCGCAAGUGCCGCAACCGUUUCGUGAAAAAGAACGGCCAGUGCAACGUGCAGUUUGCCAAUAUGGACGACAAGUCACAGCGUUACAUGGCUGACAUCUUCACCACUUGUGUCGAUAUCCGCUGGCGGUGGAUGCUAAUAGUCUUCACUCUUGUGUUUGUUAUAUCAUGGCUAGCUUUUGGGUUUGCCUUCUGGCUCAUUGCUUUGCUGCACGGAGAUCUAGAUAACCCAGCUGGAGAUGACAACUUUACUCCCUGCGUACUACAGGUCAAUGGAUUUAUGGCUGCAUUCCUGUUUUCCAUUGAAACACAGUCAACCAUAGGGUACGGUUACCGCUGUGUGACUGAGGAAUGCCCGGUGGCGGUCUUUAUGGUGGUCUUCCAAUCAAUAGUUGGCUGCAUCAUUGACUGCUUCAUGAUAGGUGCUAUCAUGGCUAAAAUGGCUAGACCUAAAAAGCGAGCGCAAACACUUCUGUUUAGCCACAAUGCUGUCAUUGCCAUGCGGGAUGGAAAGUUAUGUCUCAUGUGGAGAGUGGGAAAUCUUCGUAAGAGUCACAUUGUAGAGGCCCAUGUCAGAGCACAGUUAAUCAAACCUCGGAUAACUGAUGAGGGGGAAUAUAUUCCGCUAGACCAGAUAGACAUUAAUGUAGGGUUUGACAAAGGUUUGGACAGAAUCUUCUUGGUUUCACCCAUCACUAUUCUCCAUGAGAUAGAUGAGGAGAGCCCUUUGUUUGGGAUCGGCAAACAGGACCUAGAGACUGCAGACUUCGAGAUCGUCGUCAUCCUUGAGGGAAUGGUUGAAGCAACCGCCAUGACCACCCAGGCUCGCAGCUCCUACCUGGCUUCAGAGAUCCUUUGGGGCCAUAGGUUUGAACCGGUCCUGUUUGAGGAAAAAAACCUCUACAAGGUGGAUUAUUCACACUUUCACAAAACUUACGAGGUUCCGUCCACCCCUCGCUGCAGUGCCAAGGACAUGGUGGAGAACAAGUUCCUCGUGCCCAGCUCUAAUACCUUCUGCUACGAAAACGAGCUGGCCUUCCUGAACCGGGACGAGGAGGAGGAGGAGGACAUAGGCGGUGGGAGCAGAGCACUGGCAAAUCUUAGUCCAGACAGGAACAGCCGACACGAGUUUGAACGUUUGCAGGCCACCAGGGCGUUGGAUCAAAGAUCAUAUCGUAGAGAGUCGGAAAUUUGACCCUAACUCAUUCACCCAGCAUAACAAUCCUUUAACUUUAUCCAAGGAAAUAAAUGCAGAACAAUGCAAAGUGCCAUAGGAAGAAAUAAGCACCGUAAAAGAAUGGAAAACAAGUCUGAAAUCCUACAAAAAGGGUUAUGAAGUGUGUACAAAUUUGAAAUGAUGGUAAGUAAUGUCUACAAUCAAGGAACAGAGAGACUUUCUUCCUACACAAAAACUUGAAUGUUUUUUCAUUGUUAUUGUUUUGAGUUAAGAAUUUUCAGUGUUAGUUUUUUUGACCAGACGUUAUGACACAUCUUAGGUGUAAAUACAUUUCUAAAGAGAGUUUGUGUGCAGUACCGGGUUGAAAAGGACCUGCAAUUUCCAUUUGUUCGUGGCCACCAAUAAUACAGU